CCACCCAUCGGCGACAUGGUCGCCAUCAAUGACUACCAGAUCGCCGCGAAGAACUACUUGCAGACGAAGGAUUACGUCUACUACCGAACCGCCUCGUUGGGAGAAACCACCUACAUCGAGAACAUGGAAAUCUGGAACAAGAUUAUUCUGAACAAGUACCUCUUCAACCAGGUAACAACAACAAGACUUGACUCCACCGUCCUCGGGUACAACUUCUCCGCACCUUUCUUCAUCGCCCCUGCAGCCCAGGCUGGGCGCGCCAACAGCCAAGCAGAGGCGAACCUCGUAAAGGCGGCUGGCGAUGCGGGCAUCCUUUAUGUGCCGAGCAUCUCCUCGACGCUCAGCAUUGAGCAGAUUGCGAAUGCUGCCACGCAAGGCCAAGUCAUGUUCCAUCAGCAGUACAUGUGGGACGACCGGACGCGGCUGCGGAACGAGCUGAAGCGCAUCAAGGCCGCAGGCUUCAAGGCGAUCUUCGUGACUGUCGAUAACAUGGGCAUCCAGGGCCUCCGUGAUCGCAAUGAGCGUGUCUCAACAUCUAGCGAGAGCGCGCACAAGGACGCGUUCACCCUGGAGACCCUAGCGGAGCUGCGCACAAUGACGGACCUGCCCAUUGUGCCAAAGGGCCUCACCUCUGCGCUCGACAUCAAGAGAUGCGCCGAUCUUGGUCUCAAGGCCGUCUAUGUCUCGAACCACGGCGGGAGACAAGUCGACAACAUGCCCACGGCGGUCGAGGUCCUGCUUGACCUGCACAGCCAGUACCCCGAGGUGUUCAACCAGCUGGAGAUUUAUGCGGACGGCGGAGUGAGGCAUGGCACCCACGUGCUUAUGCUGCUCGCCCUGGGCGUCCGGGCGGUGGGACUGGGCCGGCCCUUCAUGUUUGCCAACAUCUAUGGCCGCGAGGGCGUCGCCAAGAUGAUCAACAAGCUCCGCCUGGAGAUGGAGACGAGCAUGCGCAACAUUGGCCAGGGAGUGCUCGAC